GGCACGACCAGCAAAAAACCUUCCGCGGCGUCCACCAAGCAAUCGACGUUGCCGCGCACCAACAGGGUUCAAACCAUGCUGCCGAACAAGACGCACGCUCCCCCAGCGCGCCGCUCCGGCGGCUUCCCGGCCCCGCGAAGGGCGGCACGCCGACAUACUACUCGCCGACGCACUGCGGCUACACGUGGUCCAGCUGGAGCGCGUGCAGCGGGGGCACGCAGUCGCGGACGUACAUGAUCCACACGUACCCCGCGAACGGGGGCACCGCCUGCCAGUACAGCAACGGCGCGACGCAGAGCCAGGCGUGCGGUACGAACUGCGUGGGGAGCUGGGACUACACCACCGCGCAACUGCAGGCGCAGUGCGCGGGGAACGGGGAGCAGCGAACCCGGACGUACACGCACACGACGGUGGUGGCGAACGGGGGCGUGGAUUGCACAACCUCGAACGGCGCGACGGAAAGCAUCACCUGUCCCACGACCACCACGCCGGCGCCCACGACCACCACCACCACCACGACGGUCACAACCACGACGACGUUGACGACAACCAUCACGACGACGACCACGGUUACCACAACGCUGACGAGCACCACAACGUCGACCAGUACGACAACGUCGACCACCACGACAACGUCCACAAGCGCCACCACCGUCACCACGACCAGCACGUUUACGACAACCUCAACGCUCACCACCACCACCUCCACCACUACCACCAAAGGCGAUUGCGACGCGGUUGACUGCGUCGGGGCGUACGGUGCCUUUUCCGCCUGCUCGAACGGCCAGAAGAGCCGCACCUACGCGAUCAGCGUGGUGCCGUACUGCGGCGGGUCCUACUGCCCGGCCAGCCACGGGGACGUGAACACGGAAACGUGCGGGACGCCGUGCAAUGGCAGCUGGAGCGCGUGGAGUAGUUGCACUGCUGGUAACGGCGGCACGGCGCCCACCCGAACCUACACGCGGACGCAGGAAGCAGCGGACGGCGGACUGGAGUGCGCGUUUGCCAAUAACCAGGUGGAGACCAGCACGGUGUUGUGCGCGACCAGCACGACGACAACGACGACGACGAGCACCAGUACGUCGACUAGUACAGUGACAGUAACGCAGGCCAUGCUCACGACGACCAGUACUUCGACAACGACGACCACGACCACUACCACGAGAACUUUGACCACCACAGUUACCACGACCGUGACAGUGACGACAACCACGACAGUCACCACCACCGGCGCCACCGUUGUCGAAACAGCGGAGGUGUUGGCGUUGAGCCCGGAAUUUUCGAUGCAACUCUCCCCGGACGUGAACGUGGCGUCGCUAGCGGAAGACACGGACUUCACGAAAGCGAUGUGCGAUUCCAUGCUGAGUUACUUGAGUGCGGAGCUGGGGAGCGACACGACGUGCGAGGUGGUCAGCGUCUCGGUCGGAAGUGGGAGUGGGCGGAGGAAGUUAUUUCGCGGCCGUGAUGAUCGUGGAAAGGAGAGCUGGAGUCAUGCCGGGGCUAGGACCAGUCAGGACGGGGAAGGGUAUUGGUCUCCUGAUGUAAAAACGAGCAGAAGAAGUCUGCAGGUGUCCACUUCUGUCGUCGUUGAUUUUGAAUUUGCGAUCCCCAGUUCAUCAUCAUCUCCAACUGCGGCGGGUGGAAGUAGUGGAACCGGCAGUACCGGCAGCUCCUCCUCGUCCUCCAGCAUCGCUACUGUCGCGGCCAGCCUGCAGGCAAAGUCCCUGGACAGCGCGGCGAUCGCCAGUCUCGCGAACACCCAGAUUAGCGCGGCGGGCAAGGCGAGCCUGAUUUCCGUCCAGGAAGUGAAGACCACGAGCCUCGCCCCGGUCGAGCGCAAGGUGCUCCGGUUCGACUGGAGCGGCACGAGCUACGUGAACCACGACGAGUAUCAGUAG